AUGACCGCCUUACCCAAACUUGUACCCGAGCUUCAGGGUGAAACACAAGAUAUUGCCAAGCAAAAAUGUAGACUUGCAUCCGAAAUUUUGAAUGGACCUUGUAUGACAGAAGACACUGCAUUGUGUUUCAACGCUUUAAACGGACUUCCCGGACCUUACAUCAAAUGGUUCCAAGACUCCAUUGGUCAUGUUGGAUUAAACAAGAUGUUGGAUGGAUUUGAUGAUCGAUCUGCUUAUGCUUUAUGUACAUUUGCUUUCUGUGAAGGACCUGGUCACGAACCCAUUGUAUUUGAGGGCAGAACACACGGCAAGAUUGUAACUGCACGUGGACCUGGUGUAUUUGGAUGGGAUGCCAUUUUCUUGCCUGAUGGUUUUGACCAAACUUUUGCUCAGUUGGAUAAAGUGACCAAGAACUCCAUUUCUCAUCGUGGAAAGGCCCUGGAUGCAUUAAAAACUUUCUUUUUGGAAAAGCAACAGCAAAAAUAA